AUUAUAGUUUUUAUCUGGCUGCUGAGUAUAACAUGGUCCAUCCUGCCUCUCACCGGCCUGGGAAGUUACCGCCUGGAGGGCAUGGGGACAUCCUGUACAUUCAACUACGUGGACAGAAGUUCGCCCCAAAUCUGGUACUUCCUCUCGCUCGUCGUCUUCAACUUCUUCAUUCCGCUCCUGCUCAUCAUUUUCUCCUACUGGAGGAUAUUCUCGUCCGUUAAAAAAAUCAAGCGGGAACUGAAACUUUUACAGAGCGACAGCAGCGCCAUCUUGCGCCAAAGGCUGGAGACCCAGGCUGAGAUCAAAACCGCUUUGACCGCUGUUGUGAUUAUAUGUAUCUUCUGUACCGCCUGGUUGCCGUACGUCGUCGUUGCUUUCGUGGGCCUGUUCGGGCCGGAAAACUACAUCACUCCGUUGGUGUCUAUGUUUCCGAACAUCCUCGCCAAGGUUUCCACCGUGUCCAAUCCUAUCUUGUACUCCGUGGGGCACCCGGUGGUCAGGAAGAAGAUGAGAAAACUGUUG